CUUGGCCCGAUGCCCUCUACACAUCCAUCCCCAUCCCCAUCCCAGAAAACGGCAAGGGCUAAGGGUAUUAUCGGGGCAUGGAGCCCGACAUGAUCGACCACGGCUGUCCGGGCACGCCUCCAGCAGCGACAGACCUGCCGUCCUGCCAAGGCUGCCGGCGGAGGAAAUUGCGAUGCUCCCGCGAGCAGCCUGUAUGCACCCAUUGCAGCAGACUCGCCGUACAGUGUGUGUACGAUACGAAAAAGAACAAGCCCGGCAUCAGGCUUGGCGCAGUCGAGAGCCUCAAUCGCCGUCUGGUUGACCACCAUGCGAUCCAGCGCCGCAACUCCUACACAGCCAAUGCGCCCAACUCGCCCGGAUCCGAUGAUGCUGCGUCAUGUGUCGUGACUGCCUCUUCCACUUCGGAUCCAUUGCCGUCAGCGCGUUUAACUCGCCCCAAGCGUCGUUCAAUCUCGCACGGAAGCAUUCUCGAAGCCAGCCCGGGAGGAUCUGCCUGCUCGGAGCAGCCUCGAAAGCGCCAACGACUGGAUAACUACGGAACCCUUGACAUUGAUAUUCUUCAGUCUCUAGAAGCGCUCAGAGAGACUGUCCCCGCCCUACCCGCCUCGGAAGUCAUGCGAGAUGUCGCUACAGCAUAUUUCAACCUCAUCCAGCCAUGGAUACCUAUUUUGCAUAAGACUGGAUUCUGGAGGCAGCUGCAUGACCCAGACAGACAAGCAGCCAUGGUCCCCGUUCUGCAUGCUAUGGUCGUGGCUGCUCUGAGACUGGUCGAUAACAUUGAUCGACGAAUCCCAGCGCCUGAAAGAAAUGCCAUGAUUGAAGCCUCCAGAAAUGCAGUCAUGCUCGAAGCCAUGAACAACUUGAGCGUGGAGAACCUCCAGGCCCUGUCUAUCAUCGCCUUCACUGACAUUGGCAAUGGGGACACUCACAAGGCAUGGUCCGUUGUGGGCUCCCUGACACGAACCGCAGAGUAUCUCCAGCUCAGCAUCGAGCCGGAUCAGCGCGAGCAUGAACCGCUUCUUCGCCCAUUGUCCCUGCUGGCGCCCUGCCGAAAUUGGACAGAGGAAGAGGAAAGACGGCGCGUCUUCUGGACCAUCUUUUGCUUGGACAGUAGAUGGAACAUCAGCUUGACAUCGGCCGAUGUGCAGCGAAGGCUACCGGCCGAUGGUGGCCUCUGGCACAAAGAGGACGCAGUUGUCACGCCAUACUUUGGGAUAUGGGAUCGAUCCGCCGCCAAGAUCGGCAACUCCAUCGCGUUCAUGCCGAGCCACUAUGCAUCGCCAGAUCAAACGACUGGAGACAGCGCACAUUCCGCGGUUCCUCCCACUGCCAGCACACACGGCGCAAUUGACAUGUCGACUGUGGGAGCGUUCGCAUACCGCGUCGAGGCGACCGAGUCACUAAGUCGGAUCACAACUUACUUUCUGCAACAGAAGAUCAGUUUCAAGGAUCGACAAGAGCUAAGCGACUGGCUUAUUCGCUUCAAGGAGCUCGAUCUAAGGCUUGUGCACUGGAAAAUGUUUCUUCCCCAGAAGUGGAGAGACUCCAACAUAUCACGACAACCAGCUUUGAUCAAUAUGGACCCAAACCUCACCCUGGCACACAUCACGCACAACACCUCGAUGAUCCUUCUGCACCAAGCUAUCGCUUUUCCACACCCCACGUGGGUCAGUCUGGCCCAACUCCCCAGCCUAUCUAGCGCAGACACUUGCCAAGAGGCUGCAACCGAGACGUGCACCAUCAUGGAGAAGUACUUGAGGUAUACCCCGAAGAACAGUCUGGCCUCCAGCCAAUUCUCCUUCUGCGUUUUCAUUAGUGCUCGGGUGCUGUUGGUACGCUGGCGGCACUACCAGACCACGCUUGCGCCAGAGUUCUGGAAGCUCCUUGAUGGCCUUGAUGAGCUCGCACAGCGCUGGGCGGGGGCAAGCGUCACCCACGUGAAGUGCAUCUCGGGCACGUAUGCGAGGCAGUUGAGACACCUGCAUGCCAUGUGCCAAGCAGAUCCGAACUUCACGAUCGACGUCCUCGGCUACACAAAUAUGCUGCAGCUGCCAUCGUCGCAGCCCGGUAUUGCAACAGGCAAUGGGCUUGCCGGGAACGAAACAGGCCCCAGAGCCCGUGUACGAGCAAGCCCACGCAAGAACAAUAGACGACCGAAUGAGGACAUCGUGGCGCGGGAUAAAGGCAUGCAGAGAACUCAUGGCAACGCAUCAACAAUAAUGACAGAGUCAUUGACAACACGGCCGGAUGAUCAAACUGCAGGCUUGCUGCCGGGAGUACAACUAACACCCACCCAGCAUGAUGACUUGUCUGCAAUCUCCCAUAUGCUCAUGGAAGAGCAGUUCCUCUCCAUGGAUCGGGUCAUUAGCUUCGACGAUAUGAUGUUCACAGCACAAACUGUCGAUGAGGCUUUUUUGCCUUGGGCUUCGACAGGUUUGGGUCACAGUUGGCCACAAUGA